CAAUGAUUUGAUCGACGAAGAUGUGUCAUUAAACACACAAUUACCACGCUGAUGACAUACACUAGUUGUGGUUAGCUUUGAUAGUAAACUAAAGUUUGUUAUUAAAAGGAUUCGGAUUAUUUACUAAAAGUUGACAUGAUCAUGGUCAAGAAGUCAGUACAGUUAGUUAUUUGUCUACUUAGCCUUUUAACUAUAGAGUUAUGUUCAGCUGCAAAUGUUGACGAAACUUGUCCUACCGGUCCUACAGAUUGCACGGUGCCCAACUCAGAAUGUGUCAGUGGUACAUGUAAAUGUGUUGGAACUCAUUACAAAUCUAGUGCAACUGUAUGCACAUCGAAGGGCGGAUUUGGAGGAGUAUGUUUAACAGCUACCGGUGACAGUACCUGCUUAUAUUCCCUGAAAUGUACAUCAGAUACAUGUCAGUGUACAACACCUGCUAGCCAGUUCUUUGAUACUACGGAUAAUACCUGUAAAGCAAAGAUUGUAUUAGAGGCUGCAUGUGCACCUGGACCUACUAACCAAUGUGUAGAUGCUAGCGCGGAAUGUAAAGCAGACACGAACAAUGUUAAUAAAUGUCUGUGUAAAACAACUCAUUACAAAGACAGCAGUAGCGCAUGUGCUGUCAAGAUUGCAUUAGAAGCUACAUGUACGUCUGGGCUCACUGACCAAUGUAAAGACGUUAACGCUGAAUGUAAAGCAGACACUAACAGUGCUUAUAAGUGUCUAUGUAAAACAACCCAUUACAAGGACGCCAGUGGCGCAUGUGUUGCUAAGAUUGUAUUAGAAUCUGCCUGUGCAGCAGGAUCUACUGACCAAUGUCUAGACGCUAGCGCUGAAUGUAAAGUAGACACCGACAAUGCUAAUAAAUGUCUAUGUAAAACAACCCAUUACAAAGCCAGCAGUGGUUCAUGCGUUGCCAAGAUUGCAUUAGAAGCUACCUGUACAACUGGAAUUACUGACCAAUGUCUGGACGCUAGUGCUGAAUGUAAAGCAGACACUGACAGUACUAAUAAAUGUCUAUGUAAAACGACCCAUUACAAGCACACCAACGGCUCAUGCGUGGGCAAGGGCGGAUUUGGAGGAGUAUGCGUAACAGCUACCGGUGACAGUACCUGCUUAUAUUCCCUGAAAUGUGCAGAUACAUGUCAGUGUACAACACCUGCUAACCAGUUCUUUGAUGCUACUGAUAAUCUUUGUAAAGCAAAGGUUGCAUUAGAAGCUACGUGUACACCUGGGAUAACUGACCAAUGCAUAGAUACUAGCGCUGAAUGUAAAAUAGACGCUGAUAAUGCUAAAAAAUGUCUAUGUAAAACAACUCAUUUCAAAGACAGCAGUGGCGCAUGUGCUGCCAAGAUUGCCUUAGAAGCUACCUGUACACCUGGACUUACUGACCAAUGUCUGGACGCUAGUGCUGAAUGUAAACAAGAUACUGACAGUACUAAUAAAUGUCUAUGCAAGACGACCUAUUACAAGGCUUCUAAUGGCGCAUGCGUUGCCAAGGGCGGAUUUGGAGGAGUAUGCGUAACAGCUACCGGUGACAGUACCUGCUUAUAUUCCCUGAAAUGUGCAACAAAUACAUGUCAGUGUACAACACCUGCUAACCAGUUCUUUGAUUCUACGGAUAAAACUUGUAAAGCAAAAAUAGCUCUAAAUAUGGACUGCACAAUUGAAACAGACAAACCGUGUGUUGAACCAAUGGCUGUAUGUACACAACACGGAUCUGGACCCAAUAAGUGUAUGUGUGACAGUGACAGCUAUCCUUCAAACGAUAAGUGUUUUGCAAGAAAACUUCAUAAUAUUAACUGUAUGGAAAAUGGACAUGUAAAUGAGUGUGUAGUGAACGCUGAAUGCAAGAAAGUGAAUAACGAAUUUAAAUGUCAGUGUACCAAUGGAGCUGAAGAAAACGGAAAAUGUAAUGGAGUAACAGUGAUUUCAGCAAAUUUUGUGUUGACGAUUGUAUGCCUUAUUGGUUCUAUCGUAUACAUGAUCCUGAAAUAGACCUGCUUUUAGAACUUGACUAUAUUUUUUAUCUACUGCUUACUGGAUUUUAUCAACUCUUUUGUUUGUUCAUUUUUUGUAUUGAAUGUCUAGUUGAAAUUACUGCAAAAAGCUUUGAUCUCAAAACGUUCAUACAAACAAACAAAAAAAUCGAAAAACCAUUGUGUAUGUAUUCAUAUUUAAAUAAGUGAACGUUUAACUUUUUAAAACAUGUGUGAUAGGUCGAAAAUUACAAUUUUUUUUUUAAAAACGGAAAGCUACAAUUAAUUUCAAAAUUUGUUUCAACAACUUGGGACACAAUACUUUUAAAAGUUGUGGUUUGCUAUUUCAAAUAAUUACAAUAUUCUGCCAACCUGCUGUUCUUUCGUUGUCGUUUAUAGAAGAAGACAUGAAUGUAAUGUUAAUAUUUCGUUUUUAUAUCUAGAAUUAAGAUUAAUCUAGUAAAACACAAAGACGAAAUUCAAAGUUGAAUAACUGUAUUAUCAGGUUUUGUUUGCGUCGACAAUUUUUUCAUUAUUUUUAAAAUAACUCCAAUUAUUCUGUUUGACAAUCACACAAGUCAUUUAUUUUAUUUCAUAUCAUGUUUAACUUAUUUGUUUGUAUAGUAUCUUUAUAGUUUACUUUAUCUAAAAAUAUCAUUGAACUUCUUUAUUCAUA